AUGGAAGUGUCGGACGACAAGAUUGCGGCCAAGAAGAAGGCGUACUACGAGAAGAACCGCGCACAAGCGCUGACGAAGCAGAAGGAAUACCGCCACAAGAACAAGGACGACUGCCUGGCCAAGAAAAAGGCGUGGUAUAUGGCGAAUCGGGCGCCUUUAGCCGCCUACUACCGAGCUCGUCGAGCGCGAAAGAAGGCGAUUGCGGCCGGCGAGGUCCCACCGCCAAUGCCCAAAAUCGCCGAUUUCCGAGCUCAACACGAAGCGUCUGGCUGCGUCGCUCCGGCUGCGUCGACGCGCGCGGCCACGCUCGCACCAGAACUCUCCGACGAAGAAGACGACGACGUCCUCCACCCCUUGGCCGCCACCACCAAGAAGGUUGCCAUGGUUUCGUUCACAGACGAGCAUCCAUUUAACAUGCGUGAGCGUGGGCCCGAGCCGUGCUGCGACGAGUGUGCGCUUUUUCAGCCGAAUGCGCUCACGUCGGCGACCAACACGGUGCUCUUGGCAGGCACGUACAUGUGUACGUUCUGCCGCGACUGGACCUACUACCGUCUCCACCGCAAGCUCAAGCGCACCCGCGCCGACGCCCGCCUCGACGCUCUCGCAGCUUGA